AUGGAUCCCUCAACCGGGCCGGGCGCAAUAGCCCAUGAGGAGUCCCACGAUAGCUCAGCCGCCGCCUCGCCCACCGAUACUCGUCAUCGACCUUCAAGGUUUGACUCCUAUGUCGCGUCCCGCGAAGACGGUUUGUCCGAAAGUUUCCAGUCAUUCCAGUCCACCGAUACGGUACGGAGGCGCCCAGAAGGUGGCUAUGGCUCUAUACAUACCCAAGCUUCCGGUUCGCAAUACCCGUCUGAAUCCUCAGCUCACGACCGUUCUCAUUCUCGCUCCACCCAAGCUACCCGAUCGCCCAUGAUGGGUCCCGAACGCCCCAAAGCCUCGAGACCCCGAAAACCCCCGAUGCCCCGUCGACUCUCGACAAACCCAUCGGCACCGCAUCGCGGCGAGGUCUUCUCGGCCGAUGACGAUAUUUACGAGGUCGAGGCAGACGCUGCUGAACGCCAUCAAGGCCAGCGUGCCAACAUCUAUGGCACCCGCCGUCGACCCCAGCUGCCGACGACACUGUCGCGCGUGCAGUCCACCCACAGCGAGAACAAUGAAGACGAGGACGACGAGGACGAUGGGCCGCGAACCCCCCGAGCCGACGAGAACGUACCCGAAGAGCUGGAGCGCGACCCCUCUGUACACCCCGAUGAGGAGGACAUCGGAGUCGAGUCGGAUGGUGACGUGAGUGAUGCAGAGAGCUUCACGCUCAAGGACCGCCAGCAGGCCAUCAACCAAACGCAUCCCUUUGGUAUACGAUUGUGGAAGCCUGCCCUGUACAAGAAGGAUCGCUCGGUGCAGAAGAAUGCCGAGGGCGACAUCCACUCGACUCCUGGCGGCAGAGUGCAUAGCUGGCUUCUCUUCUUCAAUCUCCUCUGGACAUUGCUGUUUGGUUGGUGGAUGGCGGCUUUUUCAGCACUCGGUGCUGUCGUGUGCUUCCUGUUCGCCGCGACCCCGAGCGGCAGAGAAUACGGCAGAGUUCUCUGGGGACUGGCCGCCUACCUGUUCUAUCCAUUCGGCAAGUUUGUGCGCCUGGAGCAGGACGAGGCCUACCUACACGAAGACCAGGGCGAAGGACGAAGCAUUUCCGAGUAUGAGCAGUGGCAGAACGGAGAUCUGGAAUACGGCCGCCUGUUCUUUGGCCCAGAAGGCUUUGAACGUACCCGGUCGAUUGUUGGCCGCUCGCGCAGGAGCAUCGACUCGGAGCCGAGCGAGACGGACAGCCUUCUGGGCCGCUCUCGACGCGGCGAUCGGUCCCAGACGCCGCCGCAGACCAAGCGCCGACUCUUUGGAAGAGGACAGUGGAACAUUGGACGCGUCGUCUUCUUCCUGUUCUUCUACCUGCUGCUUUCCCCGUCGCUGAUACUGGUUUCCCUCAUCUGCUGGUUCUUCGUCUUCUCCAUCCCAAUGGGUAAAGUCACCAUGCUGCUGUUUGACCAGCUACGACGACAUCCCUUGGCGCUUUCUUUCGAGGCCGACAUGGUGCUCUCCCGUACCGCCGACACGCCGCAGUCGUCGAUCCUCUUGUGCACCUACCGCGCGGUUGGCAUCAAGUACUGGAAGUACACCAUUGAUGGCACCAACGUCUUCUUGAUCAAUCUCAUGGGUGUCGUCUUUUUCGUCAUCUUCGACUGGUUGGUUCUCGACAACGUUCUCCACCUGGACCUCUUCAUCACCUCGCCUGCCUUCCUCUUCAUUACCGGCCUGUUUUCCAUCGUUCCGCUUGCCUACUUCAUUGGCCAGGCUGUCGCCUCCAUCUCGGCUCAGUCAUCCAUGGGAGUCGGUGCCGCCAUCAACGCAUUCUUCUCUACCAUUGUUGAAGUCUUCCUCUACUGUGUCGCCCUUAGUCAAGGCAAGGGCCAUCUCGUCGAGGGAAGCAUCGUCGGCAGCAUCUUCGCGGGUAUUCUUUUCCUCCCUGGCCUGUCCAUGUGUUUUGGCGCCAUCAAGCGCAAAACGCAACGAUUCAAUGCCAGAUCUGCCGGUGUCACUUCAACAAUGCUGCUGUUCGCCGUCCUCGGCGCUUUCGGCCCUACGCUCUUCUACCAAAUCUACGGCACCCAUGAGCUCAACUGUCUGGACUGCGUUAGCCACAGCGGUAUCGGAGGUGGCCUGUCGCCAGUUGGCGAUGGCCGUGACUGCAAGCGAUGCUUCUUCUCCCAGACUCCAGCCCUGAACGACCGAUUUUACCUCGAAGCUGUUCGACCGUUCUGCUACUUCUGCGCCACGUUGUUGUUCCUUUCUUACAUUGUGGGCCUGUGGUUCACUCUGCGAACUCACGCGGCCGUCAUCUGGAAUUCCGAGAUCGACGAGAAGAAACACGAAGAAGCGCACGCUCAUGCCAGACAAUCGGUACCUCACUCGUUCGCCGAGACCACUGGCACCUCUGUCGACGUCCGUGACUCCCACCUUUACAAGCGCAUUCUCGGCCAGUCACUGAAGCAGGUCGGCCUUGCGGCAAAGGGCGACGACGCUUCCCGCCAUGAUUCCACGACUGGAUUAGGACUGGCCCCGGGCAACGGCGGCGUCAGCAUCCCGCAUGUUGUGCCCCCCAAGUCAAGCAGCAGUGAAACAGUCCGCUCCACCGUUCACAUCCCAGGAUUCUCAGAGGCCGAAAACAACGCUCUUGUCCGCGAGGUUGCAGAGAUGGCUGCCACUGCAGCUACAAUCGCCGCGCGGGAGCGAAUGCCUCGCAGAACCUCAGCACAGCCCGGAUCUUUGGGUGCAAAUCUUCCCCGCACCCCUGCUCUGCGUACCGCCGCGGUCCCCGAGGCCGAGGAUCUCGCGGCUGCCAGCACUGUGCAGGUGCCCCAUGGUGGCCACGACGCCCCCAACUGGAGCCGUGGCAAGAGUGCCAUCAUUCUCAUGGGAGCCACUGUACUCUACGCCAUCAUCGCGGAGAUUCUGGUCGACACCGUUGAUGUUGUUCUCGAGGGAUUCGCCAUUGACGAAAAGUUUCUGGGCAUUACUCUCUUUGCCCUAGUCCCCAACACGACUGAAUUCUUGAACGCCAUCUCCUUCGCCAUGAACGGCAACAUUGCACUGUCCAUGGAAAUUGGUUCUGCUUACGCGCUCCAAGUCUGCCUGCUCCAGAUCCCGGCGCUAGUGUUCUACUCUGCGUUUUGGGCGACCACCGAGGGUGUUGAGGACGUGAGCGCGCGCACCUUUGCACUCCUAUUCCCUCAGUGGGACAUGGUGACGGUGAUAAUCUGCGUCUUCCUGCUCAGCUACAUGUACGGCGAAGGAAAGAGCAACUACUUCAAGGGUAGCAUUCUGUUGUUGAGCUACCUUGUGGUUGUUGUCGGUUACUACCUGUCGGGCUUCACUGAAGAUGGCAUGAGCAUGAACCGUUUCGACGUCAUGGGCGUCGACGGACAGUACUCGUCCUACAAGACGGUCGGUCGUCGCCUCAAUGGCGCCGUUCUCCAAGGAUAG